AUGGGUGUCCGAGAUUCCCACGGAGAGGCGACGGGGACGCCCGACCCCGUCGAGAAGGGGUUCGCCACUCUCAAUACCAUCCGUGUGCACUAUGUGGACUUCAACAAGCGUCUGGACGAAUGGGUUUCGGCCGCUCGUAUUGACCUCUCUCAUGAGGUUGAGUGGCCCCAGCCCGAGAAGGCUGAAAAGAAAAAGACCGGUGCCGCCAACAAGGUGCCGAGCAAGAAUGUACCGAAGCGUGCUCGCGCCGACAGCCGUGAUAUAUCGGGCACCCCCGAUGCGCUGGGCGGCAAGAACAUGAAUGUCGGCAAGGCCCCGCGGCCCUCAAAGGCGGGUGGCAAAGAAAACCGCGGCGCUGAGACGCCUGGAGGCGACACGUCGCUCUUCGGGUCAGAGGCCGUGUCGACAGUGGGAACGCCCAAGGCCACGGACUCGGACGAUGUGGACAUGAUAGAUGUCGGAGCGGUAGAUGAGAAGUCGAUCAAAGAGGAUGAAGUCAAAACGGCCUCGGGCGAAGUCAUUUCUCGCGAAGAGGAGAUUGAGCGGCUGCGAACCAGCGGCAGCAUGACCCAAAACCCGACAGAGAUCCACCGAGUGCGAAACCUGAAUCGACUACAGAUGGGCAAGUAUGAUAUCGAGCCGUGGUAUUUCUCGCCAUACCCGGAUGCCUACUCCGACGCGGACAUGGUAUACAUCGAUGAAUUCUGCCUCAGCUACUUCGACAACCAGCGUGCCUUCGAACGACACCGUGCGAAGUGUUCACUAGUCCACCCGCCUGGUAACGAGAUCUACCGCGAUGACUACAUCUCCUUCUUUGAGGUGGACGGGCGUCGCCAGCGCACCUGGUGCCGCAACCUGUGUCUCCUCAGCAAGCUCUUCUUGGACCACAAGACCCUCUACUAUGACGUGGACCCGUUCCUUUUCUACUGCAUGUGCACGCGCGACGAGACAGGAUGUCAUCUCGUAGGAUACUUCUCCAAGGAGAAAGACUCGGCCGAGGGCUACAAUUUGGCUUGUAUUUUGACCCUACCACAGUACCAGCGCCGUGGCUUCGGCCGUCUGCUCAUCUCAUUCAGCUACGAGCUGAGCAAGCGCGAAGGCAAGCUCGGGUCUCCCGAGAAGCCUCUCAGUGAUCUGGGUCUACUGGGUUACAGGCAGUAUUGGCGCGAGACGCUCGUGGAGCUGCUGAUAGAGCCCAACCGCGAGACCAUGAGCGAAAACGAGUUGGCCGUCUUAACUGCCAUGACCGAGAAAGAUGUCCAUGAAACCCUCGUCGUGUUCAAUAUGCUUCGAUACCACAAGAGCAACUGGGUGAUUGUUCUCACCGACUACGUCGUCGAGGAACAUAACAAGCGUCUCGAAAAGGAGAAAGUCAAAGGCGCGCGCAAGAUCGACCCGGCCCGUCUUCAAUGGAAACCGCCCGUAUUCACGGCGUCCAGCCGGACCUGGAACUGGUGA